UUCUGCCCUGGUGGUGGGACGCUUGCCAACCCCACCUUUACUCUGCAAGGCUCUGGCCACUGUCCAGAGGGGCGUUGUGUCCAGUGGGACCCUCCAAAGGUCCUGUUUGGGAUGAACGUGAUUUGGAGAAAUUGCAUUUGCCGUCUGAGGCAAGGGAAGGUGCCACACAGAUGUCAGAGCGGUGUCCACCCGGUGGCCCCUCUGGGGUCAAGGAUUUUAACUGACCCCGCCAAAGUUUUCGAACACAACAUGUGGGAUCACAUGCAGUGGUCCAAAGAGGAAGAAGACGAAGCUAGAAAAAAAGUAGAGGAAAACUCAGCCACACGAGUCGCCCCAGAAGAGCAAGUUAAGUUUGAAAAUGCUGCUAACAAAUACUGGGACACGUUUUACCAAACCCAUAAGAAUAAGUUUUUCAAGAAUCGUAAUUGGCUGUUGAGGGAAUUUCCUGAAAUUCUUCCUGUUGAUCAGAACACUAAAGAGAUAGUGGGAGAAUCAUCCUGGGAUCCAGCCAGAAGCAGCAUCUCACGAACGCAAGGAACAGAAACCCACUGUCAAGAGACUUUUGUCUCAUCAGAACCUGGGAGCAGAGAAAGGUCUGCUUCUAACCCUGACUUGGAAGAAUACAGCAGAGGACCCAGGAAGGCAGAGCAGUUUCCUGGUAGCAAGGCCACUUUUCGAAUACUAGAGGUUGGCUGUGGUGCUGGAAAUAGCGUGUUUCCAAUCCUGAACACCUUGCAGAACAUCCCAGGAUCCUUUCUUUACUGCUGUGACUUUGCCCCUGAAGCAGUGGAGCUCGUAAAGUCACAUGAGUCCUACAGCGAGGCCCACUGUUCUGCCUUUAUUCAUGACGUGUGUGACGACGGCCUGGCCUACCCUUUUCCAGACGGGACCCUGGACGUCAUUCUCCUUGUCUUUGUGCUCUCUUCUAUUCACCCUGACAGGAUGCAAGCUGUCAUCCACCGGCUGUCCAGGUUGCUGAAGCCCGGAGGAAUGCUAUUGUUUCGGGACCAUGGAAGAUACGACAACGCUCAGCUUCGCUUUAAAAAAGGGCGUUGUUUAUCUGAAAAUUUUUAUGUCCGAGGCGAUGGUACCAGAGCCUACUUCUUUACAAAAGGGGAGAUCCACCGUAUGUUCUGCAAGGCCGGAUUACAUGAAAAGCAAAAUCUGGUUGAUCAUCGCUUGCAAGUUAAUAGGAAAAAGCAAAUACAAAUGCACCGAGUGUGGGUUCAAGGGAAAUUCCAGAAACCAUUGUCCUGGACUCCACGGAGCGGAAAUGAGCAUUCUCUCCCUUCUCGAGACUGA